AAGGCCUCCCGGCGCCGGCGGGGAAGCCGGGCGGCCGGUGCAGCGCAGGGACACGCGCUCGGGCUGGCACUGGCGGCCGGGGAUGUCGUCCUGGAGGGGGUGGCAUGGACCCGCCAUGGCGCGGCUCUGGGGCUGCUGCUGGCUGCUCGUGGGCUGCUGGAGGGCCGCGCUCGCCUGUCCCGCGUCCUGCAGAUGCAGCGCCUCUAGGAUCCGGUGCAGCGACCCUUCUCCUGGGAUCGUGGCAUUCCCGAGGCUGGAGCCUAACGGCGCAGACCCUGAGAACAUCACCGAAAUUUUCAUUGCAAAUCAGAAAAGGUUAGAAAUCAUCAACGAAGAUGACGUGGAAGCUUAUGUGGGACUGAAAAACCUGACGAUUGUGGAUUCCGGAUUAAAAUUCGUGGCUUAUAAAGCAUUUCUGAAAAACAGCAACCUGCGGCACAUCAAUUUUACCCGAAAUAAACUGACGAGUUUGUCUAGAAAACACUUCCGUCACCUCGACUUGUCUGCUCUGAUCCUGGUGGGAAAUCCAUUUACAUGCUCCUGUGACAUUAUGUGGAUCAAAACUCUCCAAGAGACUAAAUCCAGUCCAGAAAUUCAGGAUUUGUACUGCCUAAAUGAAAGCAGCAAGAAUAUUCCUCUGUCAAACCUGCAGAUACCCAAUUGUGGUUUGCCAACAGCAAAUCUGGCCGCACCUAACCUCACGGUGGAGGAAGGAAAGUCUAUCACGCUAUCCUGUAGUGUGGCAGGCGACCCAGUUCCCAAUAUGUACUGGGAUGUUGGUAAUCUGGUUUCCAAACAUAUGAAUGAAACAAGCUACACACAGGGCUUCUUAAGGAUAACUAACAUUUCAUCUGAUGACAGUGGAAAGCAAAUCUCUUGUGUGGCAGAAAAUCUUGUAGGAGAAGAUCAAGAUUCUGUCAACCUCACUGUGCAUUUUGCACCAAGUAUCACAUUUCUCGAAUCUCCAACCUCAGACCACCAUUGGUGCAUUCCAUUCACUGUGAGAGGCAACCCCAAGCCAGCGCUUCAUUGGUUCUAUAAUGGGGCAAUAUUGAAUGAGUCCAAAUACAUCUGCACUAAAAUACACGUUACCAAUCACACGGAGUACCACGGCUGCCUGCAGCUGGAUAAUCCCACUCACAUGAACAACGGGGACUACACUCUAAUAGCCAAGAACGAGUAUGGCAAGGAUGAGAGACAGAUCUCUGCUCACUUCAUGGGCUGGCCUGGAAUUGAUGAUGGUACAAACCUGAAUUAUGUUGAUUAUGGAGAUUAUGGGACUGCAGCAAAUGACAUUGGGGACACCACAAACAGAAGUAAUGAAAUCCCUUCCACAGAUGCAGACAAAGCUGGCCGGGAACAUCUCUCGGUCUAUGCUGUGGUGGUAAUUGCAUCGGUGGUGGGAUUUUGUCUGCUGGUAAUGCUGUUUCUGCUGAAGUUGGCAAGACACUCCAAGUUUGGCAUGAAAGGUUUUGUUUUGUUUCAUAAGAUCCCACUGGAUGGGUAGCUGAAAUAAAGGAAAAGACAGAGAAAGGGGCUCUGGUGCUUAUUGGUUGAUGCUGUCCUGUAAGCUGGACUCUUGGGACUGCUGUUGGCUUAUCCCGGGAAGUGCUGCUUAUCUGGGGUUUUCUGGUAGAUGGGAGCGGUGUUUGGAGGAUGUACUGUAUGAAGCCUGCAUAUCCUGUGAGCUGUGAUUGGGAAACGCCAAUGCAGAGGCAGCUCUCAGGCAGCUAAGCAGCAACUCAAGAAAACAUUUUAAAUUAAUGCUUCUCUUCUGUUCUUAACAAUAGUUAAAAUACAAAAUUGAAAUGAAACUCCAUUGGAUUGUGCUUCUCUUCUGAAGAGUGUGCUGUUUGACCCUACUGGAAAUGUUUUGCUGUUAUUGUUUCUGAUUAUUAAAGGUGAACUGCAAAGUUUGAAAAAAAAAAUCUAAGGUUAGGGACAGGUAUAAGUGCAUACAAACAGCCUAAUAUACAUUUAACACGCAUUUUAGUAUAAUUUGCUCUAAUUAGUACUGAAUUUAAAGGGUUUGACUUUUCCACCUACAACACCAUGACUAAAAGAGUUAAGGGUGUAUACGCUAUCACUUUGGGGACUUGGCGGUGCCAUUAAAAGGGUCUUUCCUUCCUGGCAGAAAAGGUUCAUACUUUUAGCUUAGGUCUUGGUGUCCUGCAAUGCCAGUAAUUGCCUUAAAGUUCAUAAGCCAGCAAAAAAUAAAAGCAGCAGCAGCAGCGCAGCUGUUUGGUCGGGCUAUAGACUGAGGUUAGGCAGAGUCAGUUUCAGAGUAACUACAGAGGUGGAAUAUAUGCAUAUGGCGAGAUGAUAACUUGGUCCCUUUUUAUGUGCCCUGGGCAAUCCACCUGCUUUCUAGAAGUCUGCCGAGUGAGGAGUGAGAAAGCCACAGCAGCUCGUGCUGUUUGCAUGACAGAACUGCAGCUUUUCUAGUCUGAAAAGGCCUGGGGGCAGAACGGUUGGCCUGCUGUGAGCAGGAGAGGAUAUUCUAAGGACAGUCCCCCUACAACAUACUGCUGUACUGCUGGGUUUCCACGGACGGGAAAGCUUGUCCUGACCCCAGCAGCAAAAAGGCGGCAGGUGGCUAGUGUACAUGUGCUUUAUAAUGUCCUUCUUUGUCACUGAGAGGGCAGCCUUAGAGCCACAGAUUCCUGCAUCUACCCUUGGUCUGACCCAUGGACACCUCUUUCAUUCACUUCGGCAUCACAGUGACCUGUGCAUGCUCUGUUCAGUCUGCGCCAGGCAGCGUCCUUGCACUGAAAAGAGGUUUGGCUGCCCCCAAUUCACCCCACCUUGCUCCUUUCUUGUUAGGGGGACUUCAGAGCCAGGCCUGGAGCGUGUCAUUUAGAAACACAAUCAGCUCUGACUGUUAGACGUGCACAUGUACACCAUGGCUGAAUUGGAAACAUUGGUGUUUUUAAAAAUUCCUUUUUCUUUGGAAAUAGUUGCUCCAGUUCUACAGUUUAGCUUUAAGGAUUUAUAGAUUUUUAACUAGUCCAACAUGUUUGGAAACAUUGUUUUGAAUCCUGUGUAACCAAGGCAGUAAUCUUAAUAAACCAGGAUCCAUUUAGAUACCACUUGAUAUAAAAGGAAUAUUCAUAAUGAAUACUUUAUACUGUAUCUUUUGCAUUAGCCACUAAAUAUGUUAUUGCUUGAUGCAGACAUUUCACAGAGUCCUAUGGAUUACAGCAUUUAACUUGGCUACUCCAUAACCAUGCCUUACAGGGGAAUAGUUUCUCCAAAGCAUAAAUAUGCUGCUCAUUCUCAAAGUUUUCUUUCCAAUUCCAUUUGAGUGUAAGGGUAGCUUGUCCUCAGUGUGCGGAGGUACAAAUAUUCUCUGAAUUCCCAUUUUCUUGCUUACUGCUAAGUGACAGUUUCUGUCACUCCUUAGAUUUCGAUCUUUCCCAGAGGUGUUGACUUACAGAGAGGCCAGCUAAUAGCAGAAGUCCUGACCCCUGAAAGAAAAAUGAAAUUUAAACUGUGAGCCAAGCAGGGGCUCAGUAUGGCAAAGGUUCUUAAAUAUUGGUCAUUUGGUAGAAAAACAUUUUUAAAGCUUUUAUGUCAUUCUGUGAAGCCAUAAGAAGGCGUGGACUCUUUAAGGACUAUUUUAUAAAUUUCCCAGACUCAAAAGGAAAAAAAAAAGGACCCAACAGCUAGAAGGAUUGCAGGGUAGAUUUUUUGUUUUAAAAUGGAGAGAAGUGGACAGAUAAGGCCAUUUAAUAUGUCACAGAUCCGUUGACGUCUCCUAGGGAACAACAAAAGCAGCUGUUAGAAAAUUGUUCACGUGGCUCUUGUGUUCUUUCCUUUCCUUUAGAUUCCUGGAGACCACAGCCAGUAACACAGCUUCUCUUUUCUUCCCUCUAGACCACCCCCUUUCAGCCUUUGCUUUUUAUGUCCCCCAUAAGAAAGGUGCUUUUUAGAGCUUCCUCAUGGCACACAUUGUAUUUUUUGUAGCAUUAAAGAAGGAGGGGCGGCAUUUUUGCUGAAAUCAGGUCUGUCGCCCUCCAGCAGGGCUCUGGCAGGUCUCCUCAACGAAUGAAGUGGUCCGGGGAGCCAAGCCUGCUGCUGCAGAGGGGCAGCUGUCACCAGCCCCUGCCAGCCGUGCCCCUCGGCAAUGGGGGCCCAGGUGUCCAAGUCUUGCGAUAAAGAGACUCUAAGAGAAACAUGAAACCUGGAUUUUUAUGUGAAAUGUCUCUAUUUUUAAAAAGUUGGCUCAGUUAUUUUUAAAACAUUAUGUAGGCCAACAAGGCAGGGCCGUGGGCUGCCAGUUUGCUACUUUGGUCUUAAAGCACCAUCAUCGUUCUCUCGCUGUGUCCUUCCGUCUUUCCUUUGCAACCUCACUUUUCCUUCUUCCUGACAUCACCACGGGGAGCUUUAUUGCGACAGGCUGAGAAACUGAGGGCCGCAGCCCAGGGCCUGCAGCGUGUCAGUCGCUCCUGCUGCUCGCCUGGAAUGCCCCGGCUGGGACCCCGGCUCUCCCACCUGCUGGGAAUCCUCUUGCCACCAUUCCCUGAUCAGUCCCACUUCUGUGUGGCCAGUGGCAUCCUGUUUUGUCUGACACCAAUUUCUUUUCACCACCGCCCAUGUCUCCUGGCCCACUUGGGUGCCGCCGGGGUUAGAUGGGAAAGUGAAGGUCCCAUUUUCAUGGGUGUCCUCCAUGUGCCGGUGGGGCCAUCAGUGAAUGGAAAUCAAGGGCGUCAUCUUCAGGAGAUGUGGUCCAGGUCCUGUAUCUCGUAUGCCCAGCAUUGAAUGGGGUCCCCUGAGACCCUCCGGGGCAGCUGAGAUAGACCCAGAAAUGCCCGCUGUCACGACAUGAGACAUUGGCCCUGACUGGGGCAGCAAUAAAAGUGGCAACGGUCCCAGGCUAAGGAGGAUUCACCUCUCAGUGGGAAACCUGAGUCCCCGCACACAUCAGAGAGAAUCGACUCGGGGGGUUUCACUCCCAGUCUCCCAGCAGGGGCUGAUUUCGUUUUUCACCCGUGCAGUUUUCUUUCCAGAAAUAGGCAGCAAGGACCAGAACUAAGCAGUCGCGGCCUCCUCUGCAGCACACAAACAGAGGGGGCUGGCCCUCGGCCCUCUCUCUCCAUGUGAUCCUGAAUUAGACCCAGAAUGGCUGAGGUUGGAAGCUUCUCCUCAGACAGAGCCAAGGUCACCCUGACUCGGCGGUUCGCAGAACGCAGGUUCACACCAGGCGUGCAGCGCGCAUGGCGCAUGGCGAGGGGCCCCUGCUUUCCCUCCCCUUUCCAUUUUCUUUGUUCUCUUAGAAUCCCUGACUCUCUCUCUCUCUCUCUAGCAUCCUAGAUUGACCCCAUGACAAACAGGGUUUAUUCUCAUUUGUGUUACUGGUUGCUUUGCAUGGUUAUAACACGCACAGCCUUUCUUCCCCAUUGCAAAGUGGAAUCCAAACACUCACCAGGACCUGUGCCCACCCUGCCCUCGCCCCGCUCUCCUUUCUGCCCCCCGCAUUGGUGCCUGCAGUCUAGUGCUCCUCCCCUGGUUUGGAUCUAAUUCCUGCACAGUGCAGUAGAAGCUCGUUGCAUCUUGGUUCAUCUGGACGCUAGAUACAGAGGGAGAGGUGGACUGAGAGAAGCACUCCAUGUGACACAGGGUCUCAGCCCCACGGGCACUGCCAGCCACGUCUAGUCUGUGUGGGGUCAGCAGACAUCACUCCAGGGAAACUCAUAGAGAAGUAGCCGUUCUGUUAGGUGUGUUCUGCUGCGUUCACACGCCUGUAGUACCUGCAAACCAUGGCAGGUUUAGCCAAGGGCAUGUGGGAAGGUUAAGGACCCUCCAGGGGAGAGCAAAACUGAAUAUGCCGUGGGGUGCUCCUGGACUGAACCAGGUUGGCAGAACUCGCAGCUCAGAGAGGUACCUGAAAGUGAGGUCCGCCCGUUUCCUUGCUUUGGUCUUCAGGGAUGAAGGGACCUCCCAGCCGUCUGAUUUUGACGGUGGGGUCACUAAGUUUAAUUCAGGCUAAUGUUGCAAUGUAGCUUUGGCCUGGUCAUUAGUGAGUAUCCAGAAAUGUAUUCUUAAUUUUCAUAGAAAAAAUGCACGAGAAACAAAGAACAGAGAUUUCUCACCGCCUUUAUUGUUGGCAGACCAUUUACGAAUUGAGUAUAAACGAACACAAAGUAGCAAGAGAUUCCCAGCAAAUCUUUGAGUUUCCUCCAUUUCGUGUUCAAAUCCAUUUGCUGUAAUCCACAGGCAGCCUGUGAAUCGUUCUCACACCCUGUGUUUUUCCUGUAAUGUUCCAGGUUUUAAAGCCAUUUUUUCACAUUUCCUGUAAAUAGAUGAUAAUCACUUUUUUAAAAUUUUAUUUUAAGUACUGUUUUAACAAUGUGGAUACACCAUAAAUGUACUUGCUGAACUCGUUCGUUUUUUAACAAGCCAAUAAAGUUUUAUAAUUCAUC